UGCGACGUAACGGAACGACGUACGGCUGUGCACUGCGUAAAGGACAAACAGAAGGAGACGCUUCUUCAGUGUCGUAGCGCUUGUGUGAAUCCACUCACGAAAGAAACACGCAAGUGUGAAAGGCCAUCUCGUUUCUGACAUGGCCAACACUUUGAGGGGGGAGGUCAUCAAGCUUUACAAAACCCUGCUCUAUCUUGGCCGUGAGUACCCCCAGGGAGCAGCGUAUUUCAGAGAGCGCCUGAAGUCGGCGUUCAUGAAGAAUAAAGACGUGACGGACCCCGAAAAGAUCCAAAAGCUGGUGGCCCGUGGCGAUUUUGUCAUCAAGGAACUGGAGGCUCUCUAUUUCCUCAGGAAGUAUCGAGCCAUGAAGAAGAGGUACUGUGAACCAGAGAAAUAAUGACACUCCUAGAUCAGCAUUGAUGUACCCUUCUGAACUGAAACACAGUCCACGGUUCCGAACAGUCUGUGGAAAGUACAGUGUUGGUAUUUGCCUUUAUCACAUGCAGCCCACGAUACUGAGCAGGAGUGAAAAACAGUUGUCUCUUUAUGAGAAGUAAUCUUAACAUCCACCUGUAAGAAGUGCCACAAAGUGUUGAUGAUGAAGCUGUUUUUUAUACACAAGUUGUACCUUAAAUGCCAGGUUUUAAAUCACAAACAUUAUCCUCCAGAAAUAGGAAUCAACAUGUCUUCAAUCAGGAUGAAUUCAUUUAAUGUCGUUGUAAAAUGGGUGUUCAGAUCAUGACUGCUGUCGGGGUUGGUAGGUAUUACAGCUGCAGGUGUGUCUAUAACAAACUGCAGAAUCGUGCAGAUACCAGACUGACUGAAUCAUAUUGUUCAAUGUAUUUCGUAUUUCAGUGUAUAUAUUUGUAAAUACAUGGUCAAAUUGAUUGAAUGUACAUGACUAUGUAUCAAUGCACUAUCUGAUAGAGAGCAACGUUUGAAACAUUGAUGUCCUCUGUCAUAAUAAACUGGAGUUACCAGA